AUGGCCGCCGGCGCCGUCCUAGGGCUGUGGCUGCUGCGGCGGCGGGGCUGUGCGGCGGCGGCCGGCGGGCAGGUCCCCAGCUGCCACGAAGUGCGGACGGCGUUCCAGCUGCGGCAGAUCGGGCUCAAGCUGGUCCCCGACGUGCCCACGGCCGAGUCAGAUUUACAGAUCUGUCAGCACAGGGCGCCAACGUGUUGCACCAAAAAAAUGGAAGAAAGCUACCAGGCCGCUGUUCGGAGAGAGAGGACUCAAAGUAUUCAGGCACUGAACUUCGAACUUAAGUACAUGAUUGUUGGUCAUAUCACAGCUUUUCAAGAGGCCUUUGAGUCUUUGCUUCGCUUUGCUGAAAACCGCACAAGCUCCCUGUUUGAGACAGCUUACAGACCCAUGGCAAGAGAAGCAGCAGAGCCUGUUAAGGAGCUUUUUACAGACAUCUCUCUCUACAUUCUGGGCGCAGAGACUACAGUGGAAAGUGCAGUAUUGCGGUUCUUUGACAGUCUCUUUCCUCUGGUGUAUAGUCGGCUAAUAAACCCAGGAAUUACAGAUCUAUCAGAGGACUAUACAGAGUGUCUGCGUCUCACAAGGCAAGACAUAAAUCCUUUUGGACACUAUUCUAAAAACAUGGUUACAGAGCUGUCAAAAUCUCUUUGGGCCAGUCGGAUGCUCAGCCAGGCCCUGAGCCUGGGCAUUGAAGUGAUAAAUACUACUGAACACGCGGCUCUGACGAAGGAGUGCAGCAGAGCCCUGGUGAAGAUGCAGUACUGCCCACACUGCCAGGGCCUGACGCUCAUCAGACCCUGCGUCGGCUACUGUCUGAAUGUAAUGAGGGGCUGCCUGGCCAGCGUGUCAGAGCUGGAUGCGCAAUGGAGGGAGUACAUCUCCACGCUGGAAUAUCUCACUAAUGAAAUGGCUACCUCGCAUGAUCUGGAAAUUGCACUGUCGGGAAUGUGGAACUCCAUCAAUGAAGCCAUCCUUCACGCACAGCUCAAUGGGCCACAGCUCUCCGCCACAGUUGAUAAAGUGUGUGGGCAGCCCAGACAACAAGAAGGGAACUUGUCCUCAGCCAAUAUAGUGCCAGUGAAGGAAGUGACUGAAGCCCAGACGUUCGUGAUGGCUCAUGCCAGCCUGAACAAUAAAAGAAGUUCUCUGCCUCUGAAAGCUUCAAAGAAUGACAAAUCAAGAAGUUUGAAAAAAAUCUCUCGAGAGUUCAUCAGUUACAUGAAGCGAUCCCGCACCUUUUAUGCCUCUAUAGCAGAACGUCUGUGUGAUGGAGACCUGGUCAUGAGAGACAGCUCAACCUGCUGGAAUGGAGAGGAUGUUGUGGAAAGUUAUACCAGUAGAGUUGUUUCCAAUGGACUGAAGGCACAAAUUAAUAAUCCAGAACUGAAAGUCAGAGGAUUGGACCCACUCAUCAGUAAUUUAAUUGACAAACUUCAGCACUUUAAUCAACUGGAUGCUGAGAAGGCCAAAUUGAAACUGGAAAGAUGGGCUUCCCGAGACGCUGGCAGUGGGGGAGGAAAAAGUGGAGAGGUGGAGUCGAGCGGAGAUUGUGAUGAUGAGGAUGGUUGUCAAGGAUCCGGGGACAGGAUUCCCACAGCAGAUAUACUCAAGGACAAGAAAACCCAUCCAGAGAACAGAAACGAACCAAAACCAACUGUGAAAAAGAUUGACACCACAACCACCAGAAGCACUGUCAAGUCAUCCUCCAAACACAGUGUAAAUGGAAGUGGGAGCAGCCCAGCCCUGAGCCCCUCCCUUGUUUUAGCAGCACUGGCAGUUCUGUGGCGUUGUCUGCUGUAGCUGUGUUGCCUUGCAGCCAUUGUGCUACUGCUUCUGUUCACUGUCAUUUAUACCUGCAGCCUUACCCAACAGAAAACAAAACUAAAUGGUUCUCUAGUUUAUGUGGUAUGUUAGAAUAAAUAUGAAAUGCUGUGCUGGAGUUGGCAGAUACCAAAUGUCAUCACUUACAAUAUCUGGAGAUAGCCUUUGGCAAAGCCCACCCACGAUACAGAGGGGAUGGUGACAAGGAUCUGAGUAGCUUAAGUUAUGGGGUAGAAGUAAUGGAAAACACAGAAACUAUGUAUGGGUGUGUUACUGCUUUUAUCGAUUUCAUUUGCUAGAAUUUGACUGGCUGGUUUUGUUUGUUUAAUUUUUCUGAUAAGUUAUAUGAAUGGUCAGUCUUCAAAUUCAAGCCAAUCCAUACUUUAUGUUUUCAGUGAACAGCUAACAAGCUGUGUCUACAGUUCAUAGAAUGUUAAGGGGUUGGAAUGGACCUUAAAGAUCAUCUAGUCCCAAUACCCCUGCUAUGAGCAGCAACAUCUCCCACUAGAGCAGGUGAAGUACUCUCUACCGGCUUGAUGAAAUUCCUGAGUGAUCAAGAAGUUCAAAGCAUGUUUGAAACUUCUUUUCACUCUUACUAUUUAGAUUGUAGGAAGCAACAUAAAAGUGUAUGGUGUGUCUAAUAUAUCAGUAUAGUUGCCUUAAUUAUGGAAACAAAUAGAACCACUUUGUUUACUGAGGGAUAUAGAUAGGGAGUUUCCCUGCCCCACAGAAUGUCAUUAACAAAUGCUUAAGCGUAUGUUCAAGGCUUAUUGGAUGAAUGUCCAGCAAAGGGAAACAUAAAUAAACAUAAUAAUGUUUUAUCCACUUGAAUGCAGCUCUGUACAGAGGAAAAAAAAGGUAAUUCAGUUCAAACUUACUUUGCCUAUAUGAUGUUACAUACCAACUCAAGUUUUCCAUAAAGAUCCCAGCGAUAUAAAUUAUUGGGAACUCCCAUUAGACUCUAACUAGAUUUUGUGCAGUAUGGGUCCCUGAAGUCAACUGUUUCAUAAACUGUGUAUUAUUUAAUUACAUUUAAUGUUUAAAAUUUUGUAUCACGUUAGGUGUAAAUGUAAAACACACUGAAAUCUAGAACAUUCUCUGUUUUGCCUCAUCUUGAUUGCUACCUUAGAAAAUGUCAAAUGUGCAUUAUUAUAUUACAAGGCUUUGUUUUUUAAUCAAUGAUACAUUGAUGUGUUUUAAGUUUUCGGAUGAAAAAGUACUAUAAUAACUUCUAAUGAGUUAAGAGUUAAUGUGUGUUUUCCAACAACUGUUUACAGUGCCAUUGAAUAUAUGUAUACAAACACAACUGUUGAAUACAGUGAUUAAUAUGAUAAAUAUAUGAAACAUUCGAAUUGUUACUACAUUUCAUAACUAUUACAACAGUUUAAUGGCCAUUUUCAUGUUGCAGACUAUUAUUAUGUACAGUUUUGUAAGAUUUGAUGUAAAACACUUGCCUUCAUUUUUUUGUAAAACAUCUCUUCGAUACUUGGAGUUACACAGUCACUGACAUUACUCAAAAGAAGAACCCUGUAUCUUACUAACCAGCUUCAGGCUUUUUAUUGACAACUUUGAUUAUAAAAGCCUGACUUAAAGAAGGUGCCGUGUACCAGUGCUGCUGCUGGAUGUUAUUACAAAGUGGCAAUAAUUCACAAUAAGCAUACAAUAAAUGAACAAAGGCUCGCUACACUUUGUUUUCAGACAGUAUUAGUGAACUUGUCUAGUUACAUUUGCAAAGGUGGGGCUUGAGUCCGAUUUCUAAUUUGGGCUCUUAGAUCAUAUUUGCCAAUGUAAAGGUAUGAUCAGAACCGUGGACACACCCAGCUGAGAAAGCAGUGUCUCUAAAGCGGCAGCAGCUAAGUUUUCUAAAAGAUAAUUGCAUUUUAAUGUUGAAACAAGUAGAUAAAAUGGAAAAGGUACUUACAUUAACAUGAAGUAUUUUGUAUUUUAAUUCUAAUUUUUCAAAAUGAUAAGGAUAUUACUAUCUCUAAUCAGGGCUUCCCAGUCAGAUCAGUGAAAGUUAGUUUUCCCAAAAGUACUGAAAUGGCUGUCCUGUGUUUUCCAGGGUUUGUGAGCUGCACCAGUCCAUGGAACCAUAAUUAAAAAUGCUGCUUCUUGUAUUCAUUUUCAGUACCCUUUGGAAAAGUGCUGUGGUACCUGAGGAGGUGUGCAAGUUGUGUCAUUUGUACAGUGACAGAACUCUGUAAUGCCUUGCAGUCCUAAAGGGUGUGUUGUGAUGGCUGUUGUUGGAGAGGCUGCCCUGUCUGUACACACAGAGAUGUACUUCUCAGGUGCUGACACCACCUGCUCCUGGGGUAACACCAACCACUGUGGUUUCACUGGAGCAAUUCAUGUCUGAUGCUUGUGAACCUGACUCCUAAUUUAGUGUUCUCACACUUGAGAUGCUCAGUCACCAUUCAAACAGGUGCACCCACAUUUGCACACUGUCAGGAUUCCUAUGGACAGAGGUUUCGGGGCUGGGCUCUGAUCCUGCCAGAUUUCAGCUGUGAAGCUUAGAGUUUUCAGUUUUUCUCACCUUCAGAGAGGGAACUUGAAUACCCAGAGUUAAGUGUCUUUCUGAGGUGUGUUCUGUGAAAGAUUUUCAGUGGUGAUCCCACUCGUGUUCAGCUGCAGCAGAGGCAGCUGCAGAAACGCUGCAGGAGUCAUGGAUGGAAUAACUCACCCAAGGGAUUAUUUGUUGCUGCUAAAGGUCAUAAUCUUGCCAAACAGAAACCUCUGAAAAAUCAAGUGUUUGAAUUUGGAAGUUGGCUGGCAAGUAUUUGUAUGAUGUAGCACUCACCUCUCAAGCUAAACAAGAGAGCCCUUUUAAAGUUUCUGUAACAAAACAGAACAGGUUCAGACCUUGGGAUGAGAGAGAAUCAACUCAUUUCUUUGGAUUCAACCAAUGUUUUAAUAGACACAAAUUGUUGCAGAAUGAGGAAAGAGGACUCCACAUCAAUUAAUACAUUUCACACUAAUACAUUUUACACUGUAAGAAGAGUACUGGUCAAACCAGCAUGAAAUAUGUGUAUCAAAAGUGGCGCAGUUUUUAAGGGCAAUGCAGUGUAUUUCUACUAAUGGUUUAUAAUUUUUUUCCCCAGGAUCAGUUGCAUUUACAUAUUUAAAAUGAAUGUUUUCCAUCAAACAAGACAUCUAUAUCAGGAAAAGCAAAACCAACUGUCUGUGUCAGAUAAAGGACAUCCUUUUCAGAUGAAUAAGAUACCUGGUUUACAAAACCUUAUUUUGUUAUCCAGAACACUGUAAUUAUGAUGCAAUUACAAAGGUCUAAAUUCAAAAUACUUUUCAACUUGUCUAUGUAAUCUCAGUGUCAAAGAAGGUACCAGUCUAAGAGCAUUGCUGUAGCCUUGCCUAACAGUUAUGAGUUGUAUUUUUGAUUGUUUAUUGUUUUGCUGUGACUUCCUUUUAAUAUUUUGCUGUGCCCGCAUUUGUGAAUGCCAGCGUUGGACGGUAACUGCUGUCAUACACUUGUGAGUAAAAUCAAUCUGCAAUUUUCUGUUGAUAGUGAUAGAGGCUUCUUACCAGAUCAGACGAAACUACUGUAGUGUCAGUUCUUAGUGUUUCACUGCUCCUGGGGCUCUGUGUUACACCAGGUUCCUGUAAGAGGUUCAGGAGGUCUGUGUGUCACUAGUCCCCUUCCUGGCUGUGGAAGUGUGAGGGAAGAGUGAAUCUGGGUGCUCAGAGAUGUGGGUGGCUGCAGGGGCCAGUGCAUGGCCACGUCCAGCUGCCCUCUCGGAGGCCCUGAGACAGGUGUUCUCAGCUGAUUUCAGGUGGCUCUUACACCUCUCCAAAUCAGCUCAUGGAGACUGGCCAGGCAAAGAGCAACACAGAAUCUAGAGCUUGCACUUUCAGGCAACUCCACAGACAUCUGCUAGGAACUGGACUGGAUUUUGCAAUUUAGAUGCUUUACACAGUCUGGCCUCUCAUUUUCAACCUUGCAUUUUUUUCUGCCUUGCACAUUGCCAGUGUUAUGCUCUGUUUUCUGGCGCACCAGGUACUUUGUCAUUGCAUGAGGAACUGUGAUUCUGAUCUUGCAGUAAUGAGCCUUUUGAGGUGCAAAUGUCUGUCAGAGCUUGAUAAGAGCAACACAAGUAAUACUGUCCAGCUGCAUUGGCUUCAGAGGCUCUGUGUAUGGGAAUCUGCCUGUGAGAUUCACAUCUCUCUGAUCUCUUAAAUCAGAUCUGUAUUUAAUGUAUCCCUAUUUCCAUUUGAUACCAAGACUUCGAUGUGUAUCAUAAUUUUAAAUUUGACUCUCUAAUCCUGAGUCUUCUCAAUAUUGUCCUAAUGAUUGUUGUGCACAGACUUGAUUUUAAUGGUAAUUGAGCCUUUUUGCCCAGAUUCGCUGAGCUAUUCUUAUUCAGUAUUGCACACUAUUAGUGUCAAGCAAGAUGUGUUCAAGUGAAAGGGGAUGAAACACAUUCCUACUGAGUAGGACAAAAAUCCAGAAAGUUCCUAUGUUCCUGAAUUGGACUCUUCACAUUAAACAAAAUUUGAGGUUUAAGCUGAAAUUACAGUUGAAAUUUCCUAACUUGCAUGGUGUCAGUGGGAUUUCAACCUUUUAUUGAAAAUCAAUUAGUAGUCUACCCAUUUUUUUUAAGUGGGAAUUAAUUGAUAGAGAUGUUUUCCCCAUGUCUCUGGACAUGGGUAGACUCAACUCUGUAGAAGUAGGACACAUUCUCUGUCCUGCACAUUGACCAUCACAGCACCAUAAGUGCUUAGUGUUACGACUGGCCAAACAUCUGAGGCAUUUGUUUUCAUUUUAUAGCAUUUCACUGCUCUAGUGCUUCUUGCAAUAGCAUAUGGCCUGUGUGUUAAUGAAAACUGAAACAUCUUAGAGUCAAUGUCAUUAUUGCUCAGACGUGCUAGUCAAAAAGAACACAAGAAGGUCUUCUUCCCAUUUCCUCAGAAGUCUAGAAUUAUUCCCAAUACUGAAUUCUCUUCUUGUUUCCACUGUCACUCUCUAGAUAACUACAAUUGAAUUGUAUUAAAUAUUAAGCCACCAAAAAAUAAAUACUAGCCAAGAGAUUGUAAUAAAUAGACAAUAAACUCAGAAAAGGAUCCUGCAUUUAAAAAUUGGUAAUUCUCAUUAUCAACACUAGAUUGAUUUCCCCCCAUGGAAAUCAUGUCAUACCCCUUUGAGAGAAGGGCACAUCAAAGAGAGGCCACUCAUGCUUUCAUGAUGUGCAUGAAGUACUUCAUUAAAUACCCUCUAACAACGACGUUGGUCUUUUUUUUUCCAUGCACAAAAUAUUAAUACUACCUUGCAAAAUUAUGCUGUUUGCACUUAAUCAUUUCAAUUAAUCUUUAGUAAAUUACCCAGUACUUUGUAAUUAUAUUUGCAGCUAAUUUAGUGCCAUCUUAAAAUAAUUCGUUGCAUAAUAUAAGCAAUUAACAUUUAUUCAGGGUUUUUUUCUGUUGCAGGGGGACAUAUAAAUUAUUCUCAUUGGCCUUUCUGUACACCUAAUUAGCACCUGUUUGAAUUAUUCUACAGGCUAUGGACACUUCAUCUGAAAAAUGAAUGCAUUGCUAGUUUUGUGAACUCCUUGUAAAUACACAGUUGUAAAAAUUCCUUUUCAGGGGAAGUGUGUUUUCAUACAUCUUCUGGGUUUAUGAGCUAAGCUAGGCUUUUAGGCUAUUGCACCUAGAGUAGUUACUGACAUUUUUAAUACAGUUAAAAUAAAAGUAGUCUGAUACCUCUUUCCCAUAAUUAAGUACAAUAUCCCAGAUUUGUAGCCUGUUUUAUUCAGUGAUGAGAAAGGAAAGCAAUGAGACUUCAAGAAUAUAGAUCUUAGUGUAACUUUCACAUUUCUAUAAAUGCAUAUACAGUUUUACUAAUCAGGUUAUCAGAAGCAUUGCUGUGCUGGAAUGUUGAGGGUGCUGUAUUAAACUUGUGGAAAUUAAACUAGAUUGCUUCAAUCUGUAAGUUUCUGUAAGUGAAUCUGUAAGCAAGCUCCUCGGUAAGUAGUAAUUUUCUAUUUAAGUGCACAGAAUAUCGAGGAAGAUGAUUUGAUCUUUCUAAAAAGGAGAACUGAAAAUAACUCUCAAACAAUAAUGCCAAUAUAAAAUAUUUACAACCUCCACACAUAUUAGAUUGGGAAAUCAAAAUAAGAGACUUUUCUUAGGGUAUAAAAUGUUGCAGCAGAUCCUCAGCUCCUGCGAAUCAGUGUUAGCUCCUUUGUUUUCAGCUCAAUGAGGAACAUUUACCACAGCAUAUUAUCUAGCCCAAGAAUGCAAAUUUCUGCCCGUCUUUUUCUAGAUGCAGAAAAAUCAGGUGUACCUGCAGUGAUUACAAAAUUUUUAUUGCAGUUUUACAUUGCCCCAGCCACUGAUCAGGUGGUAUUGUUACACCUGAAAAGCAAACCUGUGACACAUGGGAUGCCUUAAGUCUUCUGGCAUUUUCCCUUUCCAGGGGCACAGCAGGGCCCUUCUCCAGAAGCAGCUGGUUCCACACCUUGUAACAGGGACUACAAGGAGAUGUUCAUUCUGCGAGUAUCUCCUAGGGUAGAAAUUCUUUCGUAGAGGAGGUUUGCUGAUACAGAUCAGGCCUUGAGGCAGAUCAAGUCUGAUUUUUCUGCUUCAUGAUAAGAUAUAGAAUCCAGGUCUUAAACUGGCCUCAGAAACUAAGAGAGACUCAGUUGAAAGAACUGAUUGUGGCUUUGAUGUUUUUAGAGGAGCUUACAGAGCAAACAGCUGUGUUCUGCCUCGGAGCCUGUGUAUCUUUGGGUUCAGUUCCAUGUCAAAUUACCUGUGAGUUUCCAGAUUAGCAAAAGGACAAUUUGUGAGUUACUGUAGCCUGAUAUUCUAUAGAGAAGAAAUAAAAUUUCCUCCUGAGCAGAAACAAACAGUAUUUUAUAUUAUGCUAAAUAUCCAACUUGGAAGGAAACCAAAGGGGGAUGUUGGGCCUCACAAAGACACAGAAUCCCCUUAGCGGGGUUGGUUUUGGUGCCUGUGUAAGAGUUUGCCUGCUUGUCAUGAAAGAGCAUGUCUACUCCUUAGCUCUUUUUGGGGACUUGAGAAAAGCUACAGUUUGUAGUUCACAGAUGACAAAUCAUUUACAGGCAAAAGUUGUGGACAAGUGCCCAAAGCAGUGAAGAAAGCAGUAAGACAUUCGGUGGGGGUCUCAUUGAAAAAUGAGAAAGUGCAUUUAAUUCACAUAUUUGAGCUUUUGCAUUAGGUAUGAACAAUAGAGUUGAAACCUACUCCCAAAACACUGCAGUUGCAUAUGGGAUCAGCCUAAUAGAGCAACAAUACUACAGAAAAUGUUUAUUGGAUCCCUCUAAUAUGGAGCCAUAUUAGAAUAAAAAUGGAAGGUAGUAUACUUAACCUUGCAUAAAACAACCUCUUACUGUACUUUGGUAUCAGAACAAAUACAGUAUGAAUGUUUACAGUGCACUGGGAUAGAAAUUCUAGUAAAAUAUCUGCUUUGCCAUUUAGCUUUUUAAAUAACUAGUUUAUGGCCUCCUAGUCUGUUUUAGUUCAUUUUAUUUUACAGGAAAUACUAGGCUGCUCCAUUUGUAUCUUACAUUAGUUGCAUCUUGGGUAUUUUAAGUUGCAAAAUAGAUUGGUUUUGCCCUAAGCUGUACACAAGCUCUAACACAUAUUUCUAUUUCCCAAGCACAUGCUUUAUUUGCAGUAUAUCUGCUUAUAUUUUUAUUGAAUAAAUUUGUCAAUUUUCUUCAGUUUGUUUUCAGCACUGGAUACAAUAAAGGCAAUUUUAAAAAACCAGUCUGAAAACAAUGUCUUAGAAGAAGAACAAGGCUACACUGAAAAGCUAAACAGCCUGUUUUGUAAAAGACAGUGAACUGUGAUUGGGAAUAAAAACAAGUAAUCCACAGCAGGAAAUUAAUUAUUGUCAUCUGUUAAAAUUUUUCUUUUUUUUCUGAAUGUUUUCCAUCAUCUGUGAUGUAAGUUACAAAGCCUGUGAAAUCUUAAUCUGGUCAGAUGAUGCUUUGAAUAAAGAGUGCAGACUUUGAGAACUGCUGAGGAACUUGUAAUAUUUUGGUCAUAGUCUGGCAAAAAAAAAAAAAGGUCUGUUUCUGCAGCUUGUAA